UUCUUUCUCUAAUAGUACGCAUGUGCUUAUCUGCAGGGCGAGGAUGUUCCACGCUGGGUGGAGGAGUGGUCAAGGAAAGGACUGAGAUUAGCGCGCACGCUCGGAUAUGCGCAGUGCCAGACCCGAGGCAAAAAUCUGUCGAUUUGGAAGUUCGGGGAGGUGACGCAUGCGCAAAUCUGCAUUGUGCCGGGGAAGAGGGGAGCCUGACGACUAGGAAAUUUGAAUACCACAGUAGCAUGGAGUGUGACCUCAUGGAGACUGACAUCUUGGAGUCGUUGGAGGAUCUGGGUUACAAAGGUCCUUUGUUAGAAGAUGGAGCUUUGUCUCAGGCAGUCGCUGGUGGAGCCAGUUCCCCUGAAUUCACCAAACUCUGUGCUUGGCUGGUAUCUGAGUUAAGACUGUUCUGUAAACUAGAAGAAAAUGUGCAAGCAACCAACAGCCCAAAUGAAGCUGAUGAGUUCCAGCUUGAGGUGAGUGGGCUACUUGGGGAAAUGAACUGUCCAUAUAUUUCACUGACAUCUGGGGAUGUGACAAAGCGCCUUCUCAACCAGAAGAAUUGCCUCCUGUUGCUCACGUACCUCAUUUCAGAACUAGAAGCUGCCAGAAUGCUGUGUGUGAAUUCUCCUCCCAAAAAAGCACAAGAAGGAGGUGGUAGUGAGGUUUUUCAAGAGUUGAAAGGCAUAUGUAUUGCUUUGGGAAUGUCAAAACCUCCAGCCAAUAUAACCAUGUUCCAGUUCUUCAGCGGCAUAGAAAAAAAAUUAAAGGAAACAUUAGCAAAAGUUCCUCCUAAUCAUGUGGGAAAGCCUUUGUUGAAGAAAACAAUGGGACCAGCUCACUGGGAGAAAAUAGAAGCAGUUAACCAAGCCAUAACCAAUGAAUAUGAAGUUCGAAGGAAGCUUUUAGUGAAACGUCUAGAUGUCACCGUACAGUCAUUUGGCUGGUCAGACAGAGCUAAGAGUCAAACAGAAAAAUUAGCAAAGGUCUACCAACCAAAACGUACCCUCUUGUCUGCUAAAAGUACUAUUUCUGUUGCUCAUCUCCUGGCUGCUCGGCAGGAUCUUUCAAAGAUUUUAAGGACAAGCAGUGGAUCUAUUAGAGAAAAAACUGCCUGUGCCAUCAAUAAGGUGUUAAUGGGCAGGGUACCUGACAGAGGUGGUAGACCCAAUGAAAUUGAACCUCCACCUCCAGAGAUGCCACCAUGGCAGAAAAGACAGGAUGGACCUCAGCAGCAAACAGGAGGCAGAGGAGGAGGACGAGGAGGUUACGAACAAUCAUAUGGAGGACGAGGAGGUCAUGAACAUUCAUACGGAGGACGAGGAGGUCAUGAACAGUCAUACGGAGGACGAGGAGGUCAUGAACAGUCAUACGGAGGACGAGGAGGUCAUGAACAGUCAUACGGAGGACGAGGAGGUCAUGAACAGUCAUACGGAGGACGAGGAGGUCAUGAACAGUCAUACGGAGGACGAGGAGGUCACGAACAAGGAGGAGGAAGAGGUGGACGCGGUAGUUAUGACCAUGGAGGUCGAGGGGGUGGAAGAGGAAAUAAACAGCAAGGAGGCUGGACAGAUGGAGGGAGUGGAGGAGGAGGUGGCUAUCAAGAUGGUGGUUAUCGAGAUUCAGGUUUCCAAACAGGUGGCUACCAUGGUGGCAGUGGUGGCUACCAAGGAGGUGGUUAUGGUGGCUUCCAAACAUCUUCAUAUGCAGGAAGUGGAUAUCAGGGUGGUGGCUACCAACAGGACAGUAGAUACCAAGAUGGUGGUGGGCAUCAUGGUGAACGAGGUGGUGGUGGUCGAGGAGAGGGUGGUCGUGGAGGCAGAGGUCGUGGAGGUCAAGGUGGAGGCUGGGGAGGAAGAGGGGGCCAGAGUUAUAAUCAGGGGGGUCAGUUUGAGCAACAUUUCCAACAUGGAGGUUAUCAAUAUAAUCAUUCUGGAUUUGGACAAGGAAGACAGUAUUCUAGUUGAGGCUACUAAAGAUUAAAUUUCAGCAGAGCUCAAGUAAUAGAAACUUCAUUUUAGAGGCCUGGUAAAUAUCUAGUUGAAUUACUAUGUGACCAUGUAUGGCCAGAAACUCCUGCUUUAAACACAGAAUUAUAGGUUGAUAUGCAAUUCUGUUUUUUUAAAAUGGAUUUAGUUAAUGCUCUUUUUUUGAGAAAUGCAUACUUUUCACCAAAAUUUACAAAAGAAACCAAAACACAUGAAUAGCCAUGUGUGUUUAAUGACUAGACUAAUAUCGCAGUCAGAACAUGCAUAAUGUUUUGAAGAAAUUACUUGGAAAGUACCAGCAGUGGCUUCAAUGUGCAGUUCUGAGAAUAAGCAUUAUUCUCCUAGAUUCUUUAUAAAUUUUUCACUGGGAAGCCCUCCCUCUUUCUUUAUAUCAAUAAUUUCUUUUUAUGUAUUUUGCUUAUGUGGUACAUAUUUUCCAAGUAUAGUUCUGCACUUAAUAAUUGGCCUUUUGUAUUCAGAGUGAGAUUAUACACAUUUGCUUCACUAUAGAAGUGAUAGGUAUGUUUCUAUUAUAUGAGCUCUUCUGCAUAUAGCACAUUCGGUAGCCUUAUCUUCUGUUAAUUAAAAACUACCAUUUGCUCAACUCUAAAGACCUUGAACAUGGCCAAAAUCUGCAAAGAUCAUUAAAUCAAGCUAAGUUGUGAACUUCUAGUAUGUAGGCAUAUAGUUAAAUAUAGCAAUUCAAACUGACCUGCAUCCAUCCAAAACAGUUUCCUCCUACAACCUUAUUUUUACUUGAAGUUGACUAGAAGGAUCAGCAAACUGAAAUUUGUCUUUUGCACGAGUUAAUACCACUGGCUCAGCAAAUACAAGAUAGUUUGUUUUGGGCAGGUGCCUUUUUGUUUGGUCUUGUUUUUGUUUUUCUUUUUGUUUUUUGUAAUUGAAGAAAUGCACUACCAAGUAGGAAGAUGGAUGUUGCUAGUGGAGGAGGCCCUUUAUUAUUGCUGCAGAAACAAAAGCCUGGCUGAGUUGAUGUUUUACAUUAUUCUUUACUGAAAUCCACAUGAUGCUUCUUGCUGGGUUUUUGUGUACAUAAACAUUGUCAAGCUGUGAAAGAAAAUGGCUGAAGGUGUGCUUUGUAUGAAAGGUGAGCAAUAAAGUAUCCGUGUGUUCUCUGU